GGCGGGUCCGUGAGUCUCCGGCCUGAAGUAAACAGGCGGCCCCGACAGAGAGAAGCGACGCGGAUCUCGUAAUUGACGUUCUGCCAUGUCGUUCCAAACAUGUGGGCCCAACGAGGCCAUGGUGGUUUCAGGCUUCUGCCGUUCCCCGCCGGUGAUGAUCGCUGGAGGCCGAGUGUUCGUCCUGCCCUGCAUCCAACAGAUCGAGAGGAUUUCCCUGAGCACCCUGACGCUGAACGUGAAGAGUGAGAAGGUGUACACCCGCCAUGGCGUUCCGAUUUCAGUCACAGGAAUCGCACAGGUGAAGAUCCAGGGGCAGAAUAAGGAGAUGCUGGCUGCCGCCUGCCAGAUGUUCCUGGGGAUGUCCGAGUCUGAGAUCUCACAGAUCGCCCUGGAGACACUGGAGGGCCACCAGAGGGCCAUCAUGGCUCACAUGACCGUGGAGGAGAUCUACAAAGACCGUAAGAAGUUUUCGGAGCAGGUGUUCAAAGUGGCUUCCUCUGACCUGGUCAACAUGGGCAUUGGCGUGGUCAGCUACACACUGAAGGACAUCCAUGAUGACCAGGGUUACCUGCACUCGUUGGGAAAAUCCCGCACGGCACAGGUGCAGCGGGACGCCCGGAUCGGAGAGGCCGAGGCCAAACGGGAUUCCGGCAUCAAGGUGAGACCUCUCCUGAUCUCGGAAAAGGAAUGCCGCUGCGAUGGGUGGUGUGUUGCCGGCAGGAAUAAUCGGGGGCGGGGGUGCGACCAAGGAUCUCGUAAUUGA